ACCAGUAAGCUGGUCCCCAGCAAACUCCCGAAAGAUGUAAACACGUUCUUGAUUUCCCGAAGUUGAUGCUCUGUUCUGUCAAUGAUAAGCUUCCAGAAUGGCGAGAAACUUUUACAAACAUCCUUUCUUCGUGAAAGGUGUCUUUACUGGAGCAACAUUGACAGCUGCAAUCGGACUUUGGGGUCGUGUCUUAGACAAUUAUAGCAGAAAACGUAGCACAGAGAAACAGAAAGGUCAACAAGUUGAUCAUGAUAAACAGCAUCUAAUUGUCAAUGAAUCAAAGCCGACAACAACACUAGGAGCCUUUGAAGACACAGCAAAACUUGACAGAGGCAGAGAGAUUUUAAAAUAUGGCACUCCUGAGGUUGGCAGAGCGGUUCGUUACUAUAGCAAUCAUGUUUUGAUAUACAAUCAACAAACGAGAACGCCGAUAUGGGUUGCAGAGCAUCUGACAAAAGAAAAUUUACAAGGUUCAGCUAAUAGGAGACAUGCCAAGUUUAUUCCAGAUCCUGGUGUGGAUACUGAAUUCACUGCAGAGAACAGUGACUAUUGGAAGAGUGGAUGGUCAAGGGGUCACAUGGCCCCUGCAGGAAAUAACAAAAUAAAUCAGGAGGCAAUGCAGGAUUCAUUCUACUUGAGUAAUGUAGUGCCACAGAACUAUGAGAAUAAUGCAGGAUUCUGGAACCGACUUGAGAUGUAUUGUAGAGACCUGGCCAAGAAAUACUCUAAUGUUUAUGUAAUCAGUGGACCUAUAAUGGUACCAGAAAAACAGGAGGAUGGUAAAAAGUUUGUCAAAUAUCAGGUAAUAGGAGAAAAUCAUGUUGCUGUACCAACACAUCUUUACAAGGUGAUCAUUGUAGAGGACAAAUAUGGUAAACCUGCUGCUGUUAGUUCAUUUGUGGUUCCAAAUGAGCCCGUCGGAUUUGAGCACCAUUUGAAAGAGUUUGAAGUAGAACUUUUUGAACUUGAACAUGUUCUUGGUGUAAAGUUAGUUCCAAACCUCAAAGCAGAAUCUGUGAAAAGCCUGUGUAAAGUUGAUGGCUGUAAACUUAUUGGGAGACAAGAGUUUGAACUUUAUUUUAUCGGUAGAAAACUGGAAAGUGCUAAUACCUUACAUCGUGUUGAAAAAGUAUGGAGUGAGUUAGAGGAAAAGAAAUUAAAACCAGAUAGAUAUCUAAAAAACUUGUAUAAAAACAAGAUAAAAGAGCUAAGUGAGAAAGAGCAAGCUAAAGUUUCUUGAUAAAGUAUGGAAAUUUUAGGAUUUAUAAAUAUUCUCAGGCAUGACAACGAAGGGUUGCACAGCCUUGUACACAAAGUUGGACAGAAGUGGAAUGUUAGACCUGAACAAGUAAAGCUGACAUACAACACAUAAAAGAUAUGAGCUGCGCCAUGAGAAAACCAACAUAGUGGCUUUGCGACCAGCAUGGAUCGAGACCAACCUGCGCAUCCACGCAGUCUGGUCAGGAUCCAUGCUGUUUGCUAACGGUUUCUUUAAUUGCAAUAGGCUUUGAAAGCGAACAGCAUGGAUCCUGACCAGACUGCGCGGAUACGCAGGCUGGUCUCGAUCCAUGCUGGUCGCAAAGCUACUAUUUUGGUUUUCUCAUGGCGCGGCUCAAUUAUGAUUUGAAUCUAAUAAGAUUAAAUUAUUUACUUUUCUAUUUCAAAACGACUUGUGUUCAUUGAGAUCUGUGGCCAAGAAUGUGUAUUAUUUGGUUUUUCACUUAGGAAAGAUAUAUUGGUUAGACAGAAGACAUGUUUGAAUUGAUUAUCUUCCACCUCCAAUUCAUGUACAGAAAACAUGAAUGAAUCCAUUCAUUCUCCAUCUUGGAUUCAUGUACAGAAGGCAUUAUAUCUGACUUUAUUUAUCCUUUACCUUUAUCUGGCAUUAAUGUACAAAAUGCAGUAUGUCUGAAAUGUUUCAUUUUCUGCCUCCAAUUAAGGAGGCAGGUUAUCUUAAUAUUUGUAUGUGCGCAUGCCCAACAAGAAGGUAAUGUGAUGAUUUACAAUGACGUUUACAACAAACUAAAUAUGUUUGUAUAUCACUUCUUCUGAAAAAAAAUCAUGAACCUGUCUCUGAUCUGAUGCUUAAUGGUUUAAUAACGCAGAAAUAAUGAAUAAAUUGCCUCAGAAAUGCUUUAAAACAUUGUUGCCUUAAAAUGACAUCAUGACGUUACGUGUCAGUUACCGCGCAAAAUUAGUAUCUUCUAUUUUAAAAGUACGUAAUUCUGUGCAAUUUUCUUUAUUUGAACUAUUUCUUUUACAGCCAUUAUUUGCCGAAAUAUUUUUUUGAGUCUUUCGCUCUGAAUAAUGAUCAGUAUUUUGCUUCUUUUAUAUAGUUAUAUUGAAAUGUUAUGCGGAAUGUAAGAAAAUGGAUGAUGGUAACUGAUGUUACUGGAAAUAUAGUUGGGUGAAAGGUAACUUAUUAUGGCCAUUUUCAAAUAAAAAUUGGGCAGUUUGAUUUGUAA